UUGCAAGAGGGAUGGAAGGUAUAAAGAAAGCGGAAAGAAAGAGAUAGAGUAAAAAAUGUACUAUACGGAAGAUUCCAGAUCGAGAUUGUAUGUAUGUGUAUGUUGUGUUAAGUGACAUGUAAAAUAAGAUUGUGUAAGAUAUAAAUAUACGAGUGCUGAAUGGAUGUAAAUCUUAGAUUGUAUAAACCUUUAGAACUGUUUGAAGAUAAAAGUGUAACAAUUAUAAAUAUUUCCUCAAAAUAUUGGAUGGAAAUUGUUAUUGUUACAAUUGAUUUUAAUAACGUUAUGAUCAUGUCGCAGAAUUUGUUUUGAAAAUGUCACAAUUUAUUACAAAUGUUAUUAAUGAAACAUCUUCCAAGUUAAUGUAUCAUGAUUAUAAUAAAACAAGGUCUAAUUUACCAUUUCAAAUAGCCCUGUAUGUGAAUCUAUGGCUUUUCCCAGUUUGGCUGUUGAUUACUGUUGUAAACUUGGAUGCAAAAUACAAUAAUUUGACAAAUGUUUAUAAAUUGCUAACUAUAUCAAUAUUUCUGAUACUUUCAAUUUUUGAAAGUUUAAAGUUAUAUUUGGGAUACCUUGGAAAUCUUACCGGAAAGAUUCCAGAAUUAACUACUUGCUGGUUAAUCUCGAUAUUAAUACAACUUCCCCUAGAGGCAUUCAUCCUUUUUGAUCGUGGAAUACCGUCUCAUUAUAGUGAAACAUUUAUCAAUUCUUUCAUGGUCUGCCUUCUUCUUAUUGAAAUUAUUACAGAUUGGAGAACUAAUGAACAGAAUAAGUGAUGGAGAAGCGUUAAUACACACGAAUCGAAUUAAGCAGAAACCAAGCAAGAAAGUGGAAAGAAUAGAAAUGCAUAAGAAACGCUACACGCACCUAGUUAACCACGUUAGAGCAUCCGUAGCGAUUAAUUUAGUUUCAGUAUUUUUUUCAAUUAGAAUCAUAUCUUGUAGAAUCGCGUUUUUUUCUUUAUCCUUUGCAUGCCGGGACGUGAGUUUCUAGAAUUAUUUUUAGGUAUGUAUAUGAUUAUUCCUUGUGAAUGAUCGCAUUUUAAGGUAUGUACUUACAUCAAUGUUGCCCUGGAUAUCAUAUUUAACCGGAGCAAACACUUUGCCAAG